ACCAUAGAGACAGUAGAAGCCAGUGUAGUGUUUUGUCUCAUAUGAAGAGGUGGAGUAGCUAUUAAUAAUAAGGGUAAAACUGCUUUUGGGCAGAGUUCUUCAAGCUCUGUGUUCCUUACCUUUUAAGUGACUCAGCAGUGUAGGACCUGGUGUUGCCUCAUCUCUUCUUCCCACUGCUUUGUCGAAAGAUCAAGUUGAGUCUUACUUUGAAAGGAGUAUUUCUUCUGACUAUGGAAUUGGAUUCUAGCAGUGUGUGUAUGUUAUAUCCUGUUACUGUUGAGACACGGAGACGACGGAGUGGGGGAGGGAGAUACAUGCUGUGAUUAGUCAGCCUGCCCACCCCCUCCCCCCAGAAACUCAGGCCCAUCUGGGGAGACUGAGAACUUAAGAAACUUGAGACAGGGAAGGAGAGCAGGGAGCAGCCAAAACCUGCAGAGUCUCAGAAGACUGGUUUCUGCACUAAGGAAUGGAAGAAGUGACUGGAGGUGGCUGUGGCUUCAACUCUAACCUGAGGUUGAUUCUUUUGAGAUAAGUUGUUUUCUGCAAAUCCAGUUUGCUGAUGACAUGCAGGAGUUCACCAAAUUCCCUACCAAGACUGGCCGAAGGUCUUUGUCUCGCUCCAUCUCACAGUCAUCCACCGACAGCUACAGUUCAGCUGCGUCCUACACAGAUAGCUCUGAUGAUGAGGUUUCGCCCCGCGAGAAGCAGCAAACCAACUCCAAGGGCAGCAGCAAUUUUUGUGUGAAGAACAUCAAGCAAGCAGAAUUUGGACGCCGAGAAAUUGAGAUUGCAGAGCAAGACAUGUCUGCUCUGAUUUCACUCAGGAAACGUGCUCAGGGGGAGAAACCCUUGGCUGGUGCUAAAAUAGUGGGCUGUACACACAUCACGGCCCAGACAGCGGUGUUAAUCGAGACCCUCUGUGCCCUGGGGGCUCAGUGCCGCUGGUCUGCCUGCAACAUCUACUCAACUCAGAAUGAAGUGGCCGCAGCACUGGCCGAGGCUGGAGUUGCAGUGUUCGCAUGGAAGGGCGAGUCAGAAGAUGACUUCUGGUGGUGUAUUGACCGCUGUGUGAACAUGGAUGGGUGGCAGGCCAACAUGAUCCUGGAUGAUGGGGGAGACUUAACCCACUGGGUUUAUAAGAAGUAUCCAAACGUGUUUAAGAAGAUCCGAGGCAUUGUGGAAGAGAGCGUGACUGGUGUUCACAGGCUAUAUCAGCUCUCCAAAGCUGGGAAGCUCUGUGUUCCGGCCAUGAAUGUCAAUGAUUCUGUUACCAAACAGAAGUUUGAUAACUUGUACUGCUGCCGAGAAUCCAUUUUGGAUGGCCUGAAGAGGACCACAGAUGUGAUGUUUGGUGGGAAACAAGUGGUGGUGUGUGGCUAUGGUGAGGUAGGAAAGGGCUGCUGUGCUGCUCUCAAAGCCCUUGGAGCAAUUGUCUAUAUCACAGAAAUUGACCCCAUCUGUGCUCUGCAGGCCUGCAUGGAUGGGUUCAGGGUGGUAAAACUCAAUGAAGUCAUCCGGCAAGUUGAUGUCGUAAUAACUUGCACAGGAAAUAAGAAUGUAGUGACACGGGAGCACUUGGACCGUAUGAAAAACAGUUGUAUCGUGUGCAAUAUGGGCCACUCCAACACCGAAAUCGACGUGACCAGCCUCCGCACUCCAGAGCUGACGUGGGAGCGAGUGCGUUCUCAGGUGGACCAUGUCAUCUGGCCAGAUGGCAAGCGAGUUGUCCUCCUGGCAGAGGGUCGUCUGCUCAAUUUGAGCUGCUCCACAGUUCCCACCUUUGUUCUGUCCAUCACAGCGACAACACAGGCUUUGGCACUGAUAGAACUCUACAAUGCACCUGAGGGACGAUACAAACAGGAUGUGUACUUGCUUCCUAAGAAAAUGGAUGAGUACGUCGCCAGCUUGCACCUACCAUCGUUUGAUGCCCACCUGACAGAGCUGACAGAUGACCAAGCAAAAUAUCUGGGACUCAACAAAAAUGGGCCAUUCAAACCCAAUUAUUACAGAUACUAAUGGACCAUGUUACCAAGGACCAGUCCGCGCGAACCAUACAACUCUCCAAGAAAUAUUUUUUAAGAUGACUCUUAUUUUCUUCUUAUUCCUUUCCUCUUGAUUUUUCCUUUUCUGUAAUUUCCUUCUUGUUUUUUUCAUCUCAUUAUCCAAGUUCUGCAGACCACACAGGAACUUGCUUCAUGGCUCUUUAGAUGAAACUGAAGUUCAGGGUUCCUCACCCUAGUCACUGAAGAAGGAUUUUACUCUCCUAGCCCAGAAAGGUGAUUCUUUCUUAUCAUUUCUGGGAACUUUAGUCUUAAUUAGGUACCUUGUUAACAGGAAAUGCUUAGGUACCUUCUGUGUGGAACAAUCUGCAAUGUCUAAAUCGCCUUAAAAGAGCCCAUUUCUUAGCUGCUGAAAUCAGUGCUCUUUCACUUCUUCAGAGGAGCAGGGAUGGUUAGAUGUAGGUGGUGCAUGUUCAUUUCCCUUUGAAGUUCCAAGCUCUGAUUCCUUGUGGUGUUUCAGGUGGUAUGUCUGGUUCAGAGAUGUGUACUCGUGAGUGUCGCUCAUUAAGACCCAGGAGGCCCACAUGAACUUAAAGUACAGCCAUUCCUCCACUCCCACCGGACUCUCAUUUUUCUAGUUCUUAACUAGACUGCACUGUUAAGUUGAAUUUUGUCCCCUAGCAUUUAUUUCUGUUACACACACACACAAAAGGAACAUUUUUAGUGUUAACACGAGGAAUUGCUUGGGUGAUCUGUUGUUACCAAUUUCUCUCUUGAACCUUUGAAGCUUAAGGGUGCCGAGUUGAGUCUAGUGAAACACCAGUCUCAAACUCUGAUAAAUCCCUCUGUUUCUAGCCCAUAGUUUAUAGCAUCAAUGAACUGGAGCCAUAACAGCAAAUUCUCUCAGCUCUGUCCCUUACAGCUUGUGCUGAAGGCGAAUUUCUUGAGCCUUUACUCAAUAUAAAGCACUGAGCUUUAUCUUUAGGAUUUAUCCUUUAAGAGCAAAUUGCUGGUCAGCUGUGCUUCUGCAACCUAAAAUAUUUAAAGGGAGGUAGGUAUGGAUGGGAGGAGGAAUUAUAAAUUGGGCCAGGGUGAGAGAAAUCUAGCUCCAUAUAAUUUGUCUGGGACUCCAGGCCCUGUGUAAUGUUAAUUUUAUGAAAGUGAUACCACUUUUGAUUGCCACCACAAAAAGUAUAUGAACUGAGAUCUUAAAGGGCAGUUUAUGCAUAUAGGAAGUGUCCAUCCUGGCUCAGUCGCUGAAAGAGUCCCCUGAGAGGCUCUCUCCAAGACCAGAGAAAUGUAUUCCCCUGCCAUGCACCCUGCUUUUCAGCACUUCUGCAUGGUCACAUGAGCUUUAUGCUCAUGAGCUUUAAGUAUAUAAUGACCCAGGAUUGAAAUCCUCAACUUGUUCUAGCUUGUGAUCCUUCAAAGUCGGGUCACACAUUAGUGCUAGAUACUAGAAAUUUUCAUUUCUCUCUUUCCACUGUUCAGAGAGACAGACAUUAAAAACAGAAAUAUAAGAAAGGAAAGCUUUCACCCUGCAGCUUUCUAGCAGGGGCAAUGGUCUUGCCAAAACUUUUUCCCCUUUCCUCUCCCAGUUCUCCCCCCUGGAGUUCUUUCCCACUCCUUGCCGGUGUGACCAUGCUUCCUUCUCUGUAGAUGCUAACAGUUAAAGCCCUUUUUCCUGGGGCACUUAGCCAACCAAUUAGAGCACCACAUUUGAUAGCAGAGGUAACCUGGCCACCAGCGUGCCCAUCACGUCAGCUCUGCAGGAGGGAAGGGGCCCAGGUUCUGCCACCCUCUGCCCUGAUCCCAUAUCUAUUACUGUGUCCAUAGGAAUAAUAGGUAAGGGCUCCAUCUCUGUCAAGCCAUGUAACAAAGGACACUGUAAAAAAAUAUCUGGCAUCAGAGGGAGCAUGUGGAGAGCAACUUGAGAGGAACAAGUUCAUUUUGUAUUGAAUGAUUUUUAAUGAAUGCAAUAUUAAUCUUUGCAGAUGAGCAAUAAUCAUUAAAAUCAAUUAAAAUGGUAA